UUGAGGAGACAGUUACCCAAAGAGUUCUGGCUACUUACAUAACUGCCUCAAGCAAGUGCUGCUGAGCUCUGAAAAAUCUCGGGUUUAAUUUUCUUUAUUUCUGAUAGAAAGGAUUUGGAGAAAGGUUUUAUAAGUUUUCUAAGUUUUGAUCAGGCAUGGCUCAGCUGCUGAUUCAUGGAACACUCCAUGUCACCAUAUUUGAGGCCACUAACGUCGCUGAUCCUGGCCGUGCCACUGGAGGAGCUCCUAAGAUUUUUAGAAAGUUCAUCCAAGGAAUCGAAGAAACGGUAGGAUUUGGCAAAGGAUCGAACAAAUUGUAUGCUACUAUAGAUCUGGAGCGAGCUCGCGUGGGUCGAACCCGGAUCCUCCACGAAGAGCCCCAGAAUCCAAGAUGGUAUGAGUCCUUUCACAUUUACUGUGCCCACCAAGCUUCCAAAGUGGUUUUUAGCAUUAAAGAUGAUAACCCAAUAGGAGCAACUUUGAUGGGAAGAGCUCAUGUGCCCGUGAAGGAUCUGCUGACUGGGGAGGAAGUUGAUGAGUGGUUGGCUCUGCUAAACCAAGAUGGAGAGCCAGUUAAAGGAGGGGGUAGGAUUCAUGUCAAAUUGCAGUAUUUUGAUGUCUCACAUGAUCGGAAUUGGGGUAAGGGUAUUUGGACAAAGAAGUUCCCUGGGGUACCUUAUACUUUUUAUCCACAGAGAAAUGGUUGUAAAGUUACUCUGUAUCAGGAUGCCCACAUGCCUGAUAAGUUUAUGCCUAGGAUACCCUUAUCUGGAGGUCAGCUUUAUCAGCCUCAUAGGUGUUGGGAGGAUGUGUUUGAUGCAAUCAUGAAUGCAAAGCAUUUGAUUUACAUUACUGGGUGGUCGGUUUACACACAUAUUCGUUUGAUUAGGGACUCUAGGAGGCCUAAGUCUGGCGGUGAUGAGAUCCUUGGCGAGCUUCUUAAGAGAAAGGCCGAGGAAGGGGUUAGGGUUCUUAUGCUAGUUUGGGAUGAUAGAACCUCUGGUGGGUUGACGUUGAAGAAGGAUGGAAUGAUGGCCACCCAUGAUGAGGAUACUGCAAAAUACUUCGAGGGAUCAGAGGUACAUUGUGUUUUGUGCCCUAGAAAUCCUGAUGACGGGGGGAGUAUUGUGCAGGAUAUACAGAUUUCUACAAUGUUUACCCAUCAUCAGAAGAUUAUUGUUGUGGACAGUCCUCUUCCUGGUUCAGGUUCAGAAGAGAGGAGAAUUUUGAGUUUUGUUGGGGGGAUUGAUCUUUGUGAUGGAAGGUAUGACACUCAGUUCCAUUCUCUGUUUGGGACUUUGAAUGGUGUUCAUCAUGAUGAUUUCCAUCAGCCCAAUUUCCCUGGUUCAGCUAUUACGAAAGGAGGGCCCAGAGAGCCCUGGCAUGAUAUUCAUUCCAAACUCGAAGGAUCAAUUGCUUGGGAUGUGUUGUUUAACUUUGAGCAGCGAUGGAGAAAGCAAGGGGGCAAGGAUUUGCUCUUGGACAUAAGAAAUAUUGACGACAUCAUUCCUCCCUCACCUGUAACUUAUGAGGAAGAUCGAGAAACAUGGCAUGUUCAGCUCUUCAGAUCCAUUGAUGGAGGAGCUGCAUUUGGGUUUCCAGAGACACCAGAGGCAGCAGCAGGAGCAGGACUGGUUAGUGGAAAGGAUAAUAUCAUAGAUCGGAGCAUUCAAGAUGCUUAUAUCAAUGCCAUCCGUCGUGCAAAGGACUUCAUAUAUAUAGAGAAUCAAUACUUCUUAGGAAGCUCUUACGGAUGGAAACCAGAUGACAUCAAAGUGGAAGACAUAAAUGCUCUUCACCUUAUUCCCAAGGAGCUGUCUUUAAAAAUUGUUAGCAAGAUAGAAGCUGGAGAACCAUUCAGAGUCUAUGUUGUGGUACCAAUGUGGCCAGAGGGACAACCAGAAACUGGUUCUGUGCAGGCCAUUUUGGAUUGGCAGAGGAGGACUCUGGAGAUGAUGUAUACUGACAUUGCACAGGCUUUGCGUGCAAAGCAGAUUUACGAUCAGAGUCCUAAGGAUUAUCUAACAUUUUUCUGUUUGGCAAACAGAGAGGUCAAGAAAGAUGGUGAGUAUGUGCCUGACGAGGAACCUGAGGAGGAUUCAGACUACAAGAGAGCUCAGGAGAACAGGCGUUUUAUGAUUUAUGUGCACUCAAAGAUGAUGAUAGUGGACGAUGAGUACAUUAUUGUUGGAUCAGCUAACAUCAACCAGCGUUCUAUGGAUGGUGGAAGGGACUCCGAAAUAGCAAUGGGAGCUUACCAACCAUAUCAUCUAGCUGCACGAGGACCUGCCAGGGGUCAAAUCCAUGGUUUCAGGAUGUCUCUCUGGUAUGAACAUACCGGACUUCUGGACAAUUCCUUCGGUAGUCCCCAAAGUAUAGAAUGCAUCCAGAAAAUGAACAAAAUAGGGGAUCGAUAUUGGGAUUCAUAUACCAGUGAAAGCCUGGUAAAAGAUCUACCAGGUCAUUUGUUGAGCUAUCCAAUUGGUAUCACAAAUGAAGGUGAUGUGACAGAGCUCCCUGGUUUUGAAAACUUUCCAGACACAAAGGCUCGUGUUUUGGGCACCAAAUCAGAUUAUAUGCCUCCGAUUUUGACCACAUAAGGAGAUACUGCCAAGUUCUUGUCAAAAAACUGCUAGGUCUUUCAGAGCUUGGAUUAUGUGCAGAACUGAUUGCUCUCUUUCUUCCUCCUUUGGGUGGUCAUUGCAUCUUAGAAACAUAGACUUCUUUUCAUCAGAUCAUAGACAGCUAAAGACCAUGUUAGAAUCUUGACAGAUUUGUCCUUUUAUGCUUUGUUUUCUGUAUUAAAGCUGCUUAACAGUCAAACUAGAGAACUGAUACUAAUCUCUGGGUGAAAUUAAUAAAUAUUAGCGUUACUACAAUGUAGAAAAGUUAGUGUCUCAAUAAUUUGCAAGGUAUUCACUGCUUGUCUAAAAGAAUCCAUAUUUAUUGAGUAAUGCAAAAUUGAGGUAUUUGAUAUGCUA